AUGGAAUUUCAAGGGAUCAUUCUUCCACUUGAAGAAAUACAAGUUCCUUCUGAGAUAGAAGUAGUGACCGAUUCCCAGUAUGUCAUUAACUCCAUGACUAAGUGGAUUUACGGUUGGGAGCGAAAAGGCUGGAUAAAGGGUGACGGUAAUCCUGUUGGUAAUUUAGAUCUUAUUAAACGUCUUCAAGCUCUAAUGCGUUAUCACUCAAUUAAGUUUACGUGGGUGCGCGGUCAUUCCGGAGAUUAUUAUAAUGAGAUUUGUGAUCAGUUGGCGCUACAAGCAGCUAAAAGCCCAACAGAAGUUGAUGUAGGUUUCUUAAGUCGUCUUAAAUAA